AUGGCUAUGGACAUUAUACAGAUGAUGAAGCGUGGUUCUGGUGCCCGUGCGAAACCAGUGGCUUCAUACAAAGAGAAAUCAGAGAACGAUUUGACGGCUGACGUAUAUUUGGACAGUGACUCCGACACCGACGUCAAAGAUACCACCGAUGAACCUAUCUGGUUGGAUGGUAAGGGGCCGGAUGAAGAUGAUGAUACGCUUUUGGACUCUGAUGAUUCUGAUGGUUCUGAUGAGGAGUUAGAUGGUUUAAUAGAUGAGAAGAGUGCCGGUAGGAAGGCUUCAUCUGAAGAUGCCGCUAAAAAUGAAGAUAGCGAUGAGAACUUUGAGAACGAUUCACAUACUAUUAGUUUGAAAAUUAAAAAGUUACAAGAGUUUGUCCAGCAAAGUCAAGUGUACUCUAGUAUUAUUGCCGAUACUUUACUUGAACGUGCUGGUCAAAAUGAUGAGGACGAAACUCCGCAGAAGAAGAAACAGAAAAAAGAGGCUAUUCAAACCCUCAUGAAGAGAGAUGAACCAAAAGAUGAAGGUUCACCGUCAACAUCACUGUCUUCGUCCUUUAUGCAACCGUCAUUUCUUAAAAACUGCCAAUUGAAACCAUACCAAAAAGAAGGUUUGAAUUGGUUGAUCACGUUAUAUGAGAAUGGGUUAAAUGGGAUUCUUGCCGAUGAGAUGGGUUUGGGUAAAACCAUCCAAUCAAUAGCUCUAUUAGCAUUCAUUUAUGAGAUGGACACAAAGGGUCCCUUUCUCAUUGCAGCACCAUUGAGUACAGUUGAAAACUGGAUGAAUGAAUUUGCAAGGUUCGCUCCAGAUAUUCCUGUAUUGAAAUAUUAUAAUAGCGAAGGGCAAGCUGCAAGACAUGCAAUGAUGGGGAAAUUUUUCAAAAACAAUAAGGGUGAAGGGGUUAUCAUAACAUCUUAUGAAAUUAUCAUUAGAGAUAUUGAAUUGAUUCUCUCAUAUCAGUGGAAAUUUUUGAUCGUGGAUGAGGGACAUCGAUUGAAGAAUAUUAACUGUAAACUAAUCCGUGAAUUGAAAAGGAUAAAUACUUCAAAUAGACUAUUACUCACCGGUACUCCAUUGCAAAACAACCUUGGGGAGUUAUGGUCAUUAUUGAAUUUCAUAUUGCCGAAUAUCUUUUCCGAUUUCGAGAUCUUCAACAAAUGGUUUGACUUCUCUGACUUGAACCUUGAGAGCUCUUCAGAGAAACUCACGAAGAUCAUCAACGAUGAACUAGAGAAGAAUUUAAUUUCAAACCUUCACACAAUAUUGAAACCAUUCUUAUUAAGAAGAUUGAAGAAGAAUGUUUUGGCUGGAUCUCUUCCUCCAAAGAGAGAAUAUAUCAUCACAUGUCCUGUGACCCCAUUACAGAAGAAAUAUUACAAACAAGCCUUGAAGGGUAAUUUAAAACAGACCAUUCAAAAGCAGGCUAUCAAGGACUUUUUCACCUUAAAUGCUGAAUAUAUCGGUACGGUUUCCAAUAAAAGUAUAAGAGAUUUCAUCGAAUGGAAAUUAAGUGCAGAUUCACAGGAUAUACCCAACGAUAACAUCGGCAAGAUGGAAAAGUUAUACGACAUGCACAUUCACAAAGAAUUGCUCAACAAGAGAUUACAAAAUAUGAUGAUUCAAUUACGGCAAAUCGUGAACUCCACUUAUUUGUUUUAUUUCCCCCUCUUGGAGCCAACAGACCUUACGUUAGAGAAUCUAUUGAAAACUUCUGGAAAAUUGCAAGUCUUACAGAAAUUGGUACCUGAGCUUAUCAAGAAGAAACACAAGGUGCUCAUAUUUUCCCAAUUUGUAUCGAUGCUUGAUUUGAUCGAAGAUUGGAGUGAAUUAAACAAUUUCAUAUCGUGCAGAAUUGACGGGUCCAUGCAAAACAAUUCUCGUAAAGAGCAAAUAGAAGAGUUCAGCAAGAAGGGAUCAAAGGCGAAUCUAUUCCUACUAUCCACUAGGGCUGCAGGUCUCGGUAUCAAUCUUACUGCUGCAGAUUCUGUCAUAAUUUUUGACAGUGACUGGAACCCACAAGUUGAUCUCCAAGCGAUGGACAGGGCACAUAGAAUAGGCCAAACAAAACCAGUCAUUGUAUACCGUCUAUACUGUGACAACACAAUUGAAAACGUUAUCAUGACAAGAGCUGUCAACAAAAGGAAAUUGGAAAAGCUUGUCAUUCAAAUGGGUAAGUUUAAUACGUUGAAAAAACUAGCCUUUAACGAACAAACAUUCCUAAAGAUGAACGGAUCAUCUCUAGCCACAACUACGAAGCAAAGUGCCAAUAAAGAAUUGGUUAAAGAACUCUCACAACUCUUGAUAAGCAACGAAACAAACCAGGGACAAGCUGACACCAGUAAAAUCGAAAACUCUGAUGAUAUCUUGGAAGAAAGUGAGAUGAAAGAAUUACUAGACAGGUCUCCGCCCGCAUACAUACCACACGAGACCCAAUUCAAUCAUAUAAGGCUUUUCGAGACCACAACAGGGUUUGAUAACUGA